UUUUUGCGUAUGAAUAAAUUGUAAUGGAAAUAUUUAUGUUAUCACAAUGUACGUGAUCUAGUAUUAGCUAGUUAAACACUUGUAACUGAGUGGAAAUGAAUAAUCACAUAAUGAUGUUCAGGUUAAGAAAUGGAUGUUAUUUAUCAAUAUAAAUAGAACUACUUUUCAAUGCGUAGUACUGUCUUGGGUGUUGUACGGUUUUCAUCAUGUCUGGUAAUCACUCAAGAUGAUGAGAAGAAAACCGAUCUGGAUUAACGAUAUUCCUGUUAAAAUAGGUAUAAGGGAGUGAUGUAGCCAAACCAGAGAUUUAGGUGGGUAGAUCCUGUUUCAUUCUGUGGAUUAAGAUUAAAAACUGGCGUGAUGGGGAAUUGUUUACGGAGAGACAACACAAGCAAUGUCCCUGGUACUCAGACGACUCCCCAACACAAGGCUGCACAGGAACUGUCAAAUGGGACACCCACUGUCCCCAUUCCCGUGGCAUUGUCCACCCCGCCCCCCUCAACAAGCCCCAUAGUGUCCAUAUCUUCCACCCCACAGCCGGAGCCUACGAGUGAGACCACUCCGACAACUACCAAAGUGUUCGUAGCAUUGUAUGACUACGAUGCUAGGACUGCGGAGGACCUCAGCUUCCGGAAAGGGGAACAUUUAGAAAUUAUAAACGAUACACAAGGUGACUGGUGGUAUGCUCGGUCGAAAACAACACAAAACGAGGGAUAUAUACCUUCUAAUUAUGUGGCUAAGUUGAAGAGUUUGGAAUCGGAACCAUGGUAUUUCGGAAAGAUUAAACGUGUUGAAGCAGAGAAAAAAUUACUUUCAAUAGAAAAUGAACAUGGUGCUUUCUUGAUAAGAGACAGUGAAAGUCGAAGAAAUGAUUAUUCCUUAUCAGUACGUGAUGGAGACACUGUCAAGCACUAUAGAAUAAGACAAUUGGAUGAGGGUGGCUUCUUCAUUGCGAGACGAGUUACAUUUAGAACGUUAUCAGAUCUUACAGAUCACUAUAGUACAGACCCUGAUGGAUUGUGCGUCAACCUUCGUAAACCCUGUACUCAGAUUGAAAAGCCCCAGACUGUAGGACUUUCUUACAACACAAAUGACCAAUGGGAAAUCCCCAAGUCGUCGCUCAAACUCAUACGCAAGAUUGGACAUGGCCAGUUCGGAGAGGUCUGGGAGGGACUCUGGAACAACACUACACCUGUCGCCAUCAAGACCCUCAAACCAGGUACGAUGGAUCCGAAGGACUUCCUGGCCGAGGCCCAGAUCAUGAAGAAGCUGCGACACCCUAAGUUGAUCCAGUUAUAUGCUGUGUGUACCCAGGAUGAACCGAUCUACAUUGUCACCGAGUUGAUGAGACAUGGCAGUCUGCUUGAGUACCUUCAAGGUAAGGGGCGGAGUCUGAAGCUCCCACAACUGAUAGAUGUUGCUGCCCAGAUUGCUAGCGGUAUGGCAUACCUGGAGUCUCAGAACUACAUACACAGAGACUUGGCCGCAAGAAAUAUCCUGGUCGGAGAUGCUAACAAUGUCAAGAUAGCCGACUUUGGGUUGGCCAGAGUCAUUAAGGAGGACGAAUAUGAAGCCAGAGUGGGUGCCAGAUUCCCCAUCAAAUGGACUGCUCCCGAGGCGGCUAACUACAACAGGUUCACCAUCAAGUCUGAUGUCUGGUCCUUUGGAAUCCUUCUCACAGAAAUUGUUACCUACGGCAGAAUACCAUAUCCAGGUAUGACGAAUGCUGAAGUGCUACAUCAGGUAGAACAUGGCUACCGUAUGCCCAACCCCCCGGGCUGCCCUAAGCCACUCUACGAGAUCAUGCUGGAGUGCUGGAGGAAGGAAGAAAUGGAACGACCCACAUUUGAGACACUACAGUGGAAAUUAGAGGAAUAUUUCGCCAAUGAGGGCACCGACUACCGUGAGGCUGGGGCUGUCAGAUAGGACAAGGGGGAUAACUCUAGUGUCUACCAGUAAACAGGAUAUAAACACUGCCUUGCUGUCAUGAGAAGCUGCUACAUGUCUGGCUGUACCAGACUGGACUACCCGGACCUACUGUGGACAGCUACGUCAGAUUGACAGCUGUUUUAUAUGGAGGACUCUAACCAUCUUGCUGUCCACAAGUGGUUUUAAAUGUUUUACAAAACAAGUAUUUUUUUUAUUUAUUUUAACAAAUUGGAGAUGUCUUUUUCUCAAGAUGGCAUGCAUAGAUGUAACAAAGUAUAAUUGGAUGUAUUUACACCCAGAAUACCUGGAGACGUACUGUCAAGUGCAUUGUUGUGUGGUGGGAGGCUAAAAUAUGAAUGGCCAGUCAUUAUCUGCCCUGCUUUUCUUGGCAUGGUUCAACAUUUAAUAUGUGCCUCUAGAGAAAUGGCGCAUCAGCUCCAGCCUUCUGUAGGUGGAUAUAUGUGCCUCUAGAGAAAUGGCACAUCAGCUCCAGACUUCUGUAGGGUGGAUAUAUGUGCCUCUAUAGAAAUGGCACAUCAGCUCCAGCCUUCUGUAGGUGGAUAUACUUCAAUGGUAGAUACAUGGAUACUGGUGACGAUCGCAGUGAACAGUACUGAGGUACAUAUACUUACAUUACAUGUUGUCACAAAAAUUACUUGGAUCCAGCUAAUAUUGGUGUUCAGGAUCACAUAUGAAGAAGGAAAAAUUACCAUUGAAUCUUGUUUCUAAGUCCACAGUUCUUUUGUCGUGUGGAUGCCUUGUUGCUUUUAAAUGACAUUCUACGAUUUGAUUAGUGUUUGGAAAAAAUGUGCUUUGAAUCGGUGAAAAAAAUAUUAUAGGUUUAAAGUGUAAUUGACUGCACAUUCAUGUCUUUGAUUUCAAACAAGAAUGGUCUUAGCUUGGAUCUGCAUAAAUUUCAUAUGUAUUAAUUAAUUGGUAAAGUUGAUGUGUAUACAUUCAAUGAGUUGUGUAUUGUAUAGACUGUGUACAGUAUCUUUGAAGACAGAACACUCAUUUUGAAUUGUAAUGUGUUCUGAUUGGUUGGAGGUUAGGUAUACCGGUUAUUCAAAUUUACUAGUCACUGUCUAGAACUAACACAGGAUAUAACGUAAAACACAAACGCAUAUUCCUAAGGUCACAUUACUUCAGUUGUGAAGAAAUGAAAUAUACCAUGUUAAUACAUUUGUACCCCCAAAAUCCAAGUCAAACUUUGGUUUGUCUCUAAACUUGUUAGAAUGAAAUGAUCAUAUUUCAUUUACAAACUUACAGCUGUCACUAAAUUAUGUUUCCUAUUGAAAAUAUUUUGCAUUUAUAUAAUUCACAAAUCUGAUUGUCUGAUGAAAUCAAGAUUGAUUUUUGAAUGCAUUAUCAUAAAAUAAAUUUGGGAAUGAGUUUUACAUUAACUCUUUUACCACCGUAGACCAUAAUGGACUCGCCCAGAUAAAUGUAUGGUAGAGUCUACUAAAGUUACUUAGGGGUGAAAUGGUUAAAUAGUGACUGUUAACUGUUAUACAUACAGGGUGUAAUUCACACUGUAAGGACAAUGUGAUAGAACUCCCUUUUAUAUGCCUCCAUUGGUUCGUUAUCACAAAAUGCAUUCAUACAGUGCUAAAUCUUUAUAUUGAUAGAAUGGAUUGUCAAUGCUUUGCCUUUAUCAUAUAUACUAUCCUACAAGGGUACAAUGUACUAUCACCCCUACGUCACAAUCUACCCACCAUUUUGUUACAGUCUUGUUUGGCUACAGAUCAAAGCUACAUAUGAAUAUAUAUACGAUACAAACAUUUAUAUAGCUGCAGGUUUUGAAUUUAAAAGGGGAAAUAUCACAUUGAAACAUAUAUAUAUCUACAAUAAAUAUUAUGUAAGUAUUAUGAUACUUAAGAUAUGUUAGUUUUAUAAAUCUCUUGUAACUUUUUCAUAUUCCUGACAGAAGCAGAACAAGCACUUCUGCUGAUAUAAAUUGAGUUAAUUUGGAAUUACAAAGUGAACUUCAUAAUAUCAGAAUUCAAAAUGUUUUGGGUUUUGUUUGGCUGACAUUUCACAUGGAGAAUACAUGAAUAGAAAUCUAGGUACUGGUAGUCACACUUGUAUUUAAAAUGCAAUCAUUAAUGCUCUUUCUAGUAUUCAUAAUCCAUGUUUUUUUGUAUAAAUUCCUGUUUGGACCAAAGGCUGUAUAAGUAAUACAUGCAGAUGUCAUGCUUAAUACAGAUAUCAGCCUCCGUACUGUUGUACCAGAUGAGUGGACGGAAGUACGCUGUCACAUAUCCAUGGUUACCGUUGGUGUGGUUACUUAGGUGGCACAGUAUUGUACAUCGUAACACAAGUUUUAUAUUUGUAUUUCUCUUCAUACAUAAUAUUGCACACAUUUUUAUCAACCGUUUUAAUAGAUUUAUAUAUUUGUGUCUGCUUCAGCUUGGGUGUCACAGUGUUGUAGACUGCUAGAUAAUGCAAUCUACAAAGCUAAUCGUGUGUAGACAAAGUCGCCUUUCAUAUUUGGAACAUUCUUGUAUGUAAGUCAUGUCCCCAUGAGCCUUCAUUGUCUGGUAAACAGAAACCGUUGUCAUAGUGAUGUACAUACACAUAACAUGAUUUGUCACUAAUUCAAAGUUUCAUAACAUUACUGUAGACAGUUUUCCUGGAACAGAUGGUUGUAAACUAUGUAAGAAUUGGAUAUGAGAACAUGUUUGGUUGUUGCUAAAUGUAUUAACUGGAAAUGAAAGUAAAUUUUGUUGAAAUACAGUGCUGAGAGGAAAAUUAGCUUGUGACAAUGUGAGCAUAAGGAUGCCGGGAUAAUGUGAGAAUGUCGUGAUGUGAAAUGUCACAUGACAUCGUGCUAGGCUAAGGGUAAUGUAGUUUGAUAUGGUGAUGUGAGAAUGUGACUAGAUGUCUAAUAGUACAUGUUGCUAGGUUGAUGUGGACAUGUUGCUAGGGUGAUGUUGACAUGUUGCUAUAUUGAUGCUGACAUGUUGCCAGGUUGAUGCAGACAUAUCACUAUACUGAUGUGGGCAUAUUGCUAGGUUGAUGUUGACAUGUUGCUAGGGUGAUGCAGGUAUAUUGCUAGGUUGAUGUGGACAUGUUGCUAGGGUGAUGCAGGCAUAUUGUUAGGUUGAUGCAGGCAUAUUGCUAGGUUGAUGUGGACAUGUUGCUAGGUUGAUGUGGACAUGUUGCUAGGUUGAUGCAAGCAUGUUGCUAGGUUGAAGUGACAUGUUACUAGGUUGAUGUGGACAUGUUGCUAGGUUGAUGUGGACAUGUUGCUAGGUUGAAGUGACAUGUUACUAGGUUGAAUUGACAUGUUACUAGGUUGAAUUGGACAUGUUGCUGGGUUGACGUGACAUGUUACUAGGUUGAUGUGGACAUGUUACUAGGUUGAAGUGACAUGUUAAGAGGUUGAUGUGGACAUGUUACUAGGUUGAAGUGACAUGUUACUAGGUUGAUGUGGACAGGUUACUAGGUUGAAGUGACAUGUUACUAGGUUGAUGUAGACAUGUUACUAGGUUGAUGUGGACAUGUUGCUGGGCUGAUUACUUGUGUUGCUUUGACAAUGUGAACAUGUCGAUUGGUGAUGUGGAGAUUUUCCAGAUCCUAGGAUGAUGAAUUGAAGUGACCAACAUAUAUUUACUCAAAUUCAAAUGAUGAUUAUAUAAGGUGUGUUGUACCAGCCUUAAGUGAUGAGUCAACAAUAUUAAAACAUAUUACAGUUACAGCUGCUAGCUUGUGGAUAAUUAUAGUACAUUUGUACUUGAGACUUUUUUUAAAUGUUCAUAAAUUAAUACAGUAAUUUCAGAUAAAAGUAAAGUUUUGUUCAUGACAUUGAUUCCAUAAGAUUUCAUCUCCAAAAAAUAUUAAGAAUCUUUCUGGUCAAUAUUACACCGGCUAUCCCAGAGUGUGUUAGGAUGUUGUGUGUUUGGAGAGUAAGGAUGUGUCGGUUGAUAAGGUGACUCAUAUGUGAUGAUGAGAGUGACAGGGUGAUGUGACGAGGGUUACGAUGUAUGUAUAUCACAGAGUGACAGGGUGAUGUGACGAGGGUUACGAUGUAUGUAUGUAUAUCACAGAGUGACAAUAUAUGUGCUUUCUUGAUUCACAAAGCUGUAAUUAACAUGUCAUUAAUGCAUUAUUCACUUUGGUUUUAUUUACUACAAUAUAUUGCAGCAACAUCCAUUUGCCAACAUUUUCAUGUCAAAUAUAGAGGGUGAAUCACCAUGGUUACCUGUAGCUGACCAAUCAUUGCUCAUAAUUUUGGAAGAACUGUGUUUGUUGUCGAGCUUUGACUAAAUUCAUGUCCAUCCUGAUGAUCGGGUGCUUCACAUAAAAAGGAGUGCAAUUCUCUGCUGGAUUAUACUCCUAGUGUAACAGUUCAACUGAUUAACAAAAUUCAUGCAUGGAUUUUAGGAGUGUAAUGUCAUGAUCUGUUUUAAUUAUUUUUCAGUACAUGUAAUUUGAUUUUUAUGUGAAAAGAGGGACAUUUUAAAAUGUCAACAGUAUCCAGUUUUACUCCUAUACAACAGCGCUUCACAGUUAUAGAUAUUUCUUUGCUUCACUUGGUUAUUUGCAGGAUGUUUUAGAGUAAAGUGGCAUUAAUAAAUACUGUUUAUGUAAGAACUAACGGUGAGAUUUGUAAAACUGAGACCAAGUAGCUGUUGAUUAGAAUUUCUCCAUUUUGUAGUUCGAAUGUUACCUCGUAGAAAUUCUCUACUAUGAUUUUGCCAAAAGGCUGUUUGUGUACAUGGUGUCACUGACUUGCUUGUGCAGUGAGGACAAUAAUACAGGGUCACACAUGUAAAAUUGUGAUAGAGAAAUUCUUAACUAAACCAAAAUACAAGAACAAAAAAAUAUAGAAGAUUGGAAUUUGAACUAAUGCAUAAGAAUCUCCCAAACUUGACAAAUGUGUUAAGUACAGUACGGGUAUGUAACACUCGAUAGAAGUUGACCGUUUGUUGAAAUUUUGAAAAUUGUUUUUCAGAUAAGCAUUUUCAAUGUGCAUGUAUACAGUACUACACAUAUACAAAAUAUAAAAUUAUAUGCAUUCUUGGUGCCCCAUUGGUUUCUGUGAUUAGAACUACAAUUUUAUACAAAACUCAUCAAUGUCGUUAUUAUAUCCAAGGACAGUGUCGUAUCUUUGUAGUUUCAUACAGUAAUUUCUUUAUAUUUUUAUGCAUUUGUGAUUUCAUAGUCAUUGUAUUCAAAUAUUACACCCAUUUAAAACAUGAAAUAUUGUUUAGCCAUUACUUUACAAGGAUGGCAAAUUCCGCUGUAUAGGUUGUAUAGGUCAAUGGAAUUAGAUUAUCCUGCUAAAAUUCGUUAUAGUUCUUUAGCAUUCUCUGCUCUACCUGGUCGACUGAAUUCACUACUCCUUGGUUUAUCCUUCAGUUAUCAACAAUAUUUCUGGAUGUAUUAAAUCUGAUUUCCUUUUCAUCCAGGCUGCUUAUUUUUCUCUCGAUUUGUUGGAAAUGAAUGCCAGAACAGAUUCUCUUACAAAAAAAAAAAAUGACUGACUUGCUAAAGGAGGAUAUGCCUUGUAUGAUUUUGGGGAACAGAACACCCUUGGGAUAAUGUAUGUAGGUCAUUGGGCGUCAGGAGAGGAUUGUGACAGAGGUGUAUGACGUCAACACUUCUACUGGUGUGUGUCCAGUAAGGACAUAUUCCUGAUAAACCGCUAGUCACUGUGUUGUAGUAGUCCCAUACUUGUGUUGACAACAGAUAAAUUCAUUUGACUCAAAUCCUGAAAUUUCAAAAUAGCUCACAUUUGUUGGUGGCUGUAAAUAAAAAGGCUUAAAGUGAAUGGAGAAAAGAUCAUGCCUGUACCAAAAUAUUUGACUUGAUGCAUUUUUCUCUAAUUUGUUUAUUUUCUUAGCUUAAUUUUUCCACCUCCUACAAGAAUGAGAUGACACUUUUAGCGCUCGAUAUCAUAAUGUUGUUCAAAUACUGAAGCUUCUGGGUUCUCCAUAUGUAUAGCUGGAACCAAGAGCAUAUUGUAUGUAGGAUACAAUAUCAUGUGUGUGUAUUUUCAUGCUGAAAGUAUGAAGAUCUCUGUUCCUGAUCAUACGACCAAAACUUAGAUAUGCAAGAUUUAUGUUAGAUGUACAAUUAACUUGCACUGUAAAACGAAAUUGGAGACAUUUGAUGCUUUUAAUUGUAUGAAUGUCUAUAGGUAAUGCAGUUAACAUGUAUUUGGAGAAGUUUAAAAUAUGGUACCGUUGUAAAACAAAUUAUGAAUAGAAAGAAGAUAGAGGAGAUACUCAGUAUGUAACAAUUCUUUGUUUAUUAUGAAGGAAUAACCUACCGUACCUGGAUACUAAAUUGUCUGUAAACAUGUUAGAAUUUGUAUCCAGUCAUUAAUAUAAGCAUCUCUUAAAAAAGGUUGAUAUCUAUUUUUUGUAAGCUUUUUAGGUGUAUGCCAAAUGAUUACAAAUUGGUUUAAUAUAUAAUGUUCCAGAUAUCUGUAUACUAUUCACAUUUAUAUGGAACAAAUUGGUUCCUAUGAUAUACAUACAGUGUAUAUAUUGGACAUUUGAAUUAGCUAAGAGUCUGGAGGAAACGUUUCUGUCAGGAGGCCGAGUGCAAUCUAUAUAUGACUACAGAGGUAUAACUAUAACUAUAUGUAUCCCACAUGUAUUAUUGUACGUCAGAGACUUGUGUGUCCUCCACUUCCUUCUGUCGUUCAUGUUGUAUUGUCAAUAUCUUUGUGUGUAACUCACAAUCUCUGUCAAGAAAUCAUCUUACAUUAAACUUAUAAAAGAU